UUCCUAAAGAACUGAGCUGACCGGCUGGAAGCGACCAGCCCAGCAGUACCAUCGGACGCACCCAGCACUUCCAAGAAGGCCAUGGUAACCACGUCCGAACCUAUCAAGGUAACCUCCAAACAGUUUAAAUGUAACCAGUGUCCGUAUUGUUCGAGUACGCAUUAUAUUAAUCAGUGUCCAAAGUUUAGUGCAUUAAACGUUAUCGCGCGCAUCCGAGCCGUGAAUAAAUUACGAUUAUGCUUUAAUUGUUUGUCCGGAACGCAUGUCUUAACAAACUGCAGGGCCAGUACAUGUCGAGUAUGUAAGGGCAAGCAUCAUACGUUACUACACAAACCAAAUACCAACACUCAUGUAGGUAGUAACCCCGUACCAACGCGAUUACCAAUAUCAACGUUAAUCGACGAACAACCGAGUUCUAGUCAAAUCGAGACUACCUUGUCGAAUAACACUUUAAUCGAAAAACAAAUAAACAAUGCGCGAAAUAGGUCAGUUUUCCUUACAACAGCCCAAGUGCUCGUUAGGGAUAAGCAUAACAAUGUGCAUAAAAUGAAGGCAUUUUUAGACAAUGGCUCGCAAGAAAAUUUCAUUACCGAAAACGCGGCCAAAAAGUUACAAUUAAACAAGGAACAACUUGCCUUAAAUGUCAUAGGUUUCAAUGAAAAAGUGUCUAGCCUUUUAGAAUCGUGUGACGUAACAUUGCAUUCCUUAGACGGAACCUUUACAACGAAUUUGUCCUGUUUUAUUACGCCUAUAAUUUGUACUACCAACAUUUUAAUACCAAACGUGCAACGUUGGCACAUUCCGUCGCGUUAUAAAUUAGCUGAUGACGAGUUUAACUUAGCUCAAGAUGUAGAUUUGCUUAUCGGUGGGGAGAUAUUCUUUGAUUUACUUCUUACCGGUAAAUACAAGCUCGGGCCCGGAUUACCGGUUCUGAGACGCUCGCGAUUAGGAUGGAUAGUCACGGGUUCCGUACAAAAAAAAACCGAGUCUGCCAUUCAAUGUAAAGUUACAGUAGAAACUCAAUUAAAAAAGUUUUGGGAAAUAGAGGAGGGUUCCGCACCAAAUUUACCCUAUGAUGAAAAACAAUGUGAGGAUAUAUUUCUGAAAACUCACACUCACAACUCUGAGGGUAAUUUCGAAAUAGAACUUCCAUUAAAGCAGCCACCUACCAAGUUAGGUCAAUCUAGGCACAUAGCAUAUCGGAGGUUCAAAACAUUAGAAUCCAAGUUCGAGCGGAACCCCGAAUUUAAAGAUAAAUAUGUGAAUUUCAUGCGCGAGUUCGAACAAGCUGGCCAUAUGAUUCAAUUACAAGAUAAUUAUGAUGGCCCAUGUAAUUUUCUACCCCACCAAGCUGUUUUUCGCGACUCCCCCUCAACCCCUAUUCGAAUUGUUUUCGACUGCUCAUGCAGAACUGAUAACGGCAUUUCUUUGAAUGAUAUCCAAUACAAAGGCUCAAUAAUACAGGACGAACUCAUAAAUAUACUUCUACGAUUCCGAAAAUACCAAUAUGUUAUUAACGCUGACAUACAAAAAAUGUACAGAUGUAUUUAUGUUAAACCAAAUCAACAAUACCUACAAUGCAUAUUUUGGCGGGAAAAUACUCACCAACGACUCCAAAUUUAUAUGCUGACCACAUUAAGUUUCGGCUUAAAGUCAGCACCACAUAUUGCAACCAGAUGUUUGUUACAAUUGUCAAACGAAAACCAACACACAUUUCCAGCAGCUGCAGAGGCCAUAGCGAACCAGUUCUACAUGGACGAUUUUAUCGCCGGCGGCGACGACGAGAAUCAGGUAGCUGAAACUGCAUCACAGGUGAACGAGAUCCUGCGGGGAGCCAACUUCACGCUGCGGAAAUGGAAGUCCAAUUCCGAAGUCAUCAUAAAACGGGUGAGCGAAACACACACACACCAAAACACACACACAACCGAAUUUGGAGAUAAAACACAUAAGGUCCUGGGUUUAGCGUGGUCUAGUGACUCAGAUGAGCUUAUGUAUACCAUUAAAGAAAACCAAAUUUCACACCCAAUCACCAAAAGAAAGGUACUAGGGGUAGUUUCGUCCAUUUUCGACCCCCUAGGCUUGACGGGACCAGUAAUUGUAGUAGCCAAAAUAUUUAUUCAAAAAUUAUUUAAGGCUCAAUUAGAUUGGGAUACCGAAUUAACACAAGACUUGAUCCAAGAAUGGAACACAUUCUAUCGAGACUUGUUUUUAUUAAACCAAUUGAAAAUUUCGAGAUGUACAGUCAUACCCAAUUAUGUAACGAUACAAAUUCAUGGGUUCUGUGACAGUAGUAUUAAAGCCUAUGGCGCUGCCAUCUAUAUACGAUCAAGCGAUAGAGUAGGAAACGUACAAGUUCACCUACUUUACUCAAAAUCAAAAAUAAGUCCAAUACAACCCCAAACUAUUCCAAAUUUGGAACUUUGUUCCAGUUUACUGCUCGCGACACAUGUCGACAAAAUAAAACGAGCAUUAAAAUGUGACGUUUCCGGAAUCAACCUGUGGUCAGAUUCAAAAAUAACAUUAUGUUGGAUAAAAAAUAGUAACCCUAAAUUAACUUGUUUUGUUAGUAACAGAGUCACAAAAGUAUUAUCACUUACAAACAAGCACGAGUGGUCAUGGGUCCGCUCGGAGGAUAACCCCGCCGACCUUUUGUCCCGAGGGGUAGCACCAGGCAAGCUGGAAACCAACCAGUUAUGGUGGUCUGGGCCGGCGUGGUUGACCCAAAGUCCGGACACAUGGCCGACCCACGAUUCUGAGUCACUAAAUCAUGCACCCGAGGCCGAGAGCGACGUAAACAUAACUCUCACCUUGGCUAUUAGCACAGAAUCUAACGACACGAUACAAUAUCUUUUCCACAGGUGGUCAAGCGAUAAAACACUUAUUCAUGUAUUAGCAUACAUACUUCGAUUUAUAUAUAAUACAAAAAAUAAAACUCGAACAAUUAAUCCAAAUAAUAAAUUAUCAGGACCAUUGUCCGUAGAAGAAUUAAAAAAAUCGGAUCACGCAUUAAUUAGACAUGCACAAAUGGAAUCAUUCCCACACGAAUAUAAAUUAUUGCAAAACAAUAAACCGGUUCUUAACAAAUCAAAAAUAUUAUCUUUACACCCAUUCAUGAAGGACGGACUCGUUCGCGUAGGCGGACGAAUCGGUCUUUCGCAUUAUGCAUAUGAAAAAAAACAUCCUUUAAUAUUAAGUCACGAGCACGCGCUUACCAAACUACUGAUGGCAAACGCACAUAUACGUACUCUGCACGCUGGCCCUCAGUUAUUACUUUCAACUAUUCGCGAGCGCAUCUGGCCAACAAAAGGUAGGAUGUUAGCCUCGAAAAUUGUAAAUAAAUGCGUUCCGUGUUUUAGAGCAAAUCCAAAGACUACUAACCCUAUAAUGGGAAACUUACCCCCCUCAAGGGUAAAUCCUUCCCCCCCCUUUGCUAUCACGGGUAUCGAUUAUGGAGGACCUUAUAACAUUAGAGAUAGGACAGGGCGUGGUUACAAGGUCUCUAAGUGCUAUAUAGCAGUGUUUAUUUGUUUUGCAACAAAGGCAAUUCAUCUCGAAUUAAUUACAGGGCUCGAGUCAGCCAAUUUCCUGGCGGCGCUGCGACGAUUCAUCGCCAGGAGAGGUAAACCGAAGGAGUUGGACUUCUGGCGGCGCUGGUCACGUGACUACAUCGGAACGCUGCAGGAACGCACGAAGUGGAGGAGCGCGCGCGGCCCAAGCCUCGCAGUCGACACCGUCGUCCUGGUACGAGACGAGCGUCUGCCGCCCUGCCGGUGGAGGCUGGGCAAGAUCGUCGCGACGCAGCCGGGCCGGGAUGGCGUCACCAGGGUGGCCGUCAUCCGAACCGCCAGAGGGGACAUCCAACGCGCGUUCAAUAACAUUUGUCCAUUACCUACUUCGGGUGAAGUCAUAUAAGUAGUAAAUACCUACCAACAGUACCAACCUAAUGUAAAGUUCAAAUAAUUAUAACUAAGUGUCUAAUAAGUAUAAUUAAGUACCUAAAUUACCUUACUUACCUAGUACCUAUGUACAUAAUUAGAAUACCUACUCCCUAUUUAAAAUAAAAAUCAUUUC